CAAAAAUCCGUUAUAUAAUUUCAGAGAUCUCAAUAAUUACACAUCACAAGUUGAUAAUGGCAAUUCCCAAUCCUGUCAAAAUUGUCAUAUUGUAAUAGGCUAUUAUAAAGCUAUCAAUUCUGACGAUAAA